AUGUCGACCACAACAUCUGAGAGCCGAUCCAACUUGGAUGCCAUCAACGAUCAAAGUACGCCGAUGGAAUAUGUUAAGAUCAUAGAUAAACAAUCAAUAGAAUACGUUAUAAAAAGUGGGUUGGCUGGAGGUAUUGCUGGAUCAUCUGCAAAGACAUUGAUUGCUCCGUUAGAUAGGGUUAAAAUCUUAUUCCAAACCAGUAACCCGGAGUUUCUCAAGUAUAGAGGUCUGUUUAAAGGACUUUAUUUAGCAUCCGGAGCAAUUUAUAGAUCAGAUGGAAUCUGGGGAUUGUUCCAAGGUCAUCUGGUUACUUUACUUCGAGUGUUUCCCUAUGCUGCUAUCAAAUUCGUGGCCUAUGAACAAAUAAGAAGCAUCCUUAUCCCAAGUGAUAUCUAUGAAACUGCUGGAAGACGAUUCUUAGCCGGUUCUUUCAGUGGACUUCUUUCAGUGUUUUUCACAUAUCCAUUAGAUUUGGUGAGAGUUAGAAUGGCUUUUGAAACAAGAAAUUUACCCCAUUCUUCAGCUUACGAAUCCUUACAUCAUCAUAAUCAAUACAUCACUCAUAAAAGAGGCCGUUUGGCCCUGACAGUCUUCACCAUAUUCCACGAGAAACCCCCUCAUCAUCUGAAAGAUCCUCGAUGGGUUAAAUUCAUGAGAAAUAUCAGUCCGGAACCAGUGAUUCAAAUAUCUAAUUUCUAUAGAGGAUUCUAUGCUACUAUAUUAGGGAUGAUCCCCUAUGCUGGAGUAUCCUUUUAUGUUCAUGAUUUGAUUCAUGAUAUCUUUAGAUCAAAAUACCUUUCCAAACUUACAGUCCAGGAGAACUACCAUGCCCUGAAACCUAUAGUUAAAUCAUCUCAUAAUCAAGUCAACACCAGAGACUCCAGAGCUCCUUUAAAAGCCUUUGCACAAUUGAUAGCAGGUGGGUUGGCAGGAUUAUUCAGCCAAACGGCUGCCUAUCCCUUUGAAGUUAUCAGGAGAAGAAUGCAAGUUGGUGGAGUCAUGAAUGAUGGUCAAUUCUUAUCCUUUAAACAAACAGUGAAGUUGAUAUAUCAAGAGAGUGGAGUGAGAGGUUAUUUUGUGGGGUUAUACAUUGGUUAUAUAAAAGUCAUUCCGAUGGUUGCUUGUUCAUUUUAUGUCUAUGAAAGAUCAAAGAAGUUAUUAGGAAUAUAA